UACAUGUAUUAAUAUCAUAAUUAUUUUAAUGUUUUUUGCUUAGUUUGCUUAUAGAAUGCUUAGUUGUUUACCAUUUCUUACUAUACUGUACUUUAGGCUUAGGUAUAUUUCAACUUGUAUUACUGGUAAAUUCAAAUUCGAUGACGAGGAAUCCAAUUUGAGACUAAUGAUGCUUGGAGACGGCUUGAAUGGGAUUCCCAAACCCUGUAUUUUGAAGAAUUUCAACAGGUUGUGACAUCUCUCAACUAAACUGUUUUGACACCAGUUUGUUGUUCCCAUAUGUAACUGUAAAAACUUUCCAUGUUAUAUGUCCUCUUACAUCAUCAUUAUUAUGCUGUGAUACAUUGGGAGUGUAUAAAAUAUAUAGAGACUUCUACAUACACCUCUUGAAAACAAAUGUGAAUCUGGAAAAAUUUAAAAUAGUGACCAAGGAAAAGGAAGUAGAGAAAUUGUGUCAUUUAACUAUUCAUUGAAAUGUGUGUUAUGAUAAUUUACUAAUAAAGUGAUGAGAAUAAAACACGAGUUUGAUACUUCCUGGGCAGAACAAAGCUUAAAUACAAGUAUGGGUGAAUUGGUUUAUUACCAUUCACCAAGCAAGUUCCAUGAUACUGAAGCACCUGACUUGAGUCUUGAACCUGGUGAUGUUGUGGAAGUGAAAAAACCAUUUCAGUUUCCACUGUAUGGGACAGAAGAUAAACCUAAUGGUCUUGUUUUGGGGCGAAACCAAAGAACGGGUAUUAUUGGGUAUUUUCCAGGAAAUUACUUGGAACUUUUGAGAAGAGAACCUUUUACCAGUGUGCAGGGACCAAUCCAAAGAUCAAAUUUGUCUUUGCCUGCAGAUGUCUCAAUCGAAGGAAAACCAAGUGGGUCAUUAUCACAAUCAUCUGUAACUUCUGUGCAUACUAACAUGAAUAGAAGAACGUCUGCUACUGAUUGCGAAGGAACUUCCCCAGUUGUUUUAAGGCAUCAGACUACACAUCAUCAGCUGAUGGAAACAUUUUUCUUGACCCCAGUUCUUUGCAGGCAUUGUAAAGAUUAUAUUUGGGGAACUGGAAAAGUUGGAAUGAAAUGUGAAGGGUGCCAUUCGUGCUUCCACAAUAUUUGUGUUUCUCGAGCCAGUAACCAUGUAUGUCAGCGGACCCAGGAUGUUCUGCCACCUAUUACCAUGGACAAAGAAGUGCUUAUCACUGAAUGGUCAACAGCUAAUGUUGUGGAAUGGAUGGCUGCUUUAAACUUUUACCAAUAUGCUGAGCUUUUUAGGCUUAAAAACAUGAAAGGGUCGGAUUUGUUCUUAUUGGAUAAAGAGAAGUUAUGUAGCAUGGGCAUUAAGGAUGAAUUCCAUCAAAAUGCCAUCCUUGUGUGUGUUGAUGAACUUUGUAGGGCUAAGGAGGAUCUGGGUUCUACUGAAGAAGCCAGAAACUUUGCUAAUGUAGUAUGUUGUGAAAGUAAUGAAACACGACAAGUCGCCCAUCAACUGGUCCAAGAAAGCUUUUCCACCUUACUUCAGUGUCACAAGUGUCAUGCCUAUUUGAGGGGAGUAGUUCAUCAGGGACUCGUGUGUCAAGAAUGUGGGCUGGUGUGCCACAAAACAUGUGCUGCUACUGGACUUCCACCUUGUCAAGGAUCAUGGGAACAAAAUAAAUGGCUGCUGAUGCAAAAGUCUAAUGUGUUUGGGCAGGACCUAACAACUUCCUUUGAUGUGAAUGAAUUAUCUGCUCCAAAAGUAGUUUUGCUAUGUUUGCAGGAAAUAGAGACACGGGGACAACAGAACAAAAAUAUUGAUUUGUACAAGGUAUUUAUGUCAUCCGCCACACCUGAAAUAGUGAAUGAACUGAAACAAAAAUUCAAUAACGAUGUGAAUAGUGUAGAUCUUCAGAAUUAUGAGCUAAACUGCAUUGCUGGUGCCUUAAGAAAAUAUCUACGUGAGUUGCCAAAUCCUGUAAUACCUGUAGAAGGUUAUGAAAUGUUUUUGGAGGCUUCCAAAAUUAAAGAUGAUAACCAAUGUGCUUUUUAUCUUGGCCAGUUAGUUCAACAGCUUCCUGUUCACCACAAAUGUACUUUGCAGACUUUGAUGUCCUACUUUUGCCGAUUCUGUCAGUUACAACAUAUGCGAGGAAUAAAAGAUUCACCUACUGUUUUGAUUAAAAUGAUGUGUCACAUUUUACUUCGUCCACCGUGGGAAAAUAUUAUACAAAUAGUUCACAACACAGAAUCACAUAACCGUAUUAUUGAAGUUCUGUUACUUAAAGGUGAUUGGGGUGAGGAGAUACCCAUUUUUGAUUCAGCACCAGCUUUACCACCUUGUUGCUCAUCCCUUAUCUCCAGUCAGUCAUUAUUAGAGGAACUUACAGAAAGUAACUUUAGCUCUAGGAGAUUUUUAGGAUUUUCUGAUUCACCUGUCAGAUCCACUGAAGCACCCCUUCCACUAGAGGAAGCAGAAUGGUAUUGGGGAGACAUUACAAGAGAGGAAGUGAAGAAGAAACUGAAAGAUACUGCAGAUGGUACUUUCAUUGUAAGAGAUGCUUCCAUUAAAGGAUCAGGAGAAUACACACUGACACUUCGAAAAGGAGGAAGUAACAAGUUAUUCAAGAUAUUUCAUAAAAAUGGAAAAUAUGGAUUUUCUGAGCCUUUGAACUUUACAUCUGUUGUUAAAUUAAUUAAUUAUCAUCGAAUUGUCCCAAUUUCCCAGCACAAACUAAUGUUAGAUCUGAAGCUGCUCUAUCCAGUUUCUAGGUUCCAACAGACAGAAGUUGAAGAGGAAAGUACAGCUGACUUAGAGAAGGUUACUAAGAAAUUAUUGGAAGUUAACCAGGAGUAUCUUCAAAAAACAAAACAGUAUGACCAAUUCUAUGAAGAAUACAGCAAGACUUUGCAAGAUAUUCAUCUGCAUAGGCAAGCACUGGAUGCUUUCAAUGAGACAAUAGCAAUGUUGGAAGAGCAAAUUGAACUACAUACUGAGUAUCAGAAUGAAGCCAUGCGGCAUGAAUUGCCUGGGUAAGAGUUGAAAUGUUCUCAGGA